AUGAAGCUUGCAGCAGCCUUUACUGGGAUAGUUUUAGGCUCUGUGCUUGCUGCUCCGGUAUCUAGUGCUUUUGGUAGUUAUUCACGCUCCCACUCAAACGCAAACUUCUCGCUGGAUACGGAUACAGCUGCACACGCUCUUUUCGGAGUUAGGCCUGACUACCGAAAUGAGGUGCUUAAGCUCCAUCGCUUCGGGGACGACGAGAUGGCACGGAUCCUUUUCAUCAAGGCAUUGGAAGAGAAGGGAGCGUACAAGGUACUAGAUGAGCUCGAGAGGCAGGAUAGCUGA